CUAACAAUCACGCUCCUCGCCGCCACCUGCAUCAGCACCGGCUGCAAAAGUUGCUCUCGCUAAGUAGCUAAGAUGACUGCCAUGACAAUUCAAUGAGAGGAGCGGACGCCAAGUGAAGUAUCCACCGCUCGCUGGAAAGGAGAAAAGGAGUGCUCAAGUUAUAAAGAGGAGAGGUAAAAGCAGAAGAGGAGCGAGGGAAGGGGAGAGAAAGCGAAGGAUAAACGGUGAAUGGAGGCGGCUCAGACCGGGGCUACGGAGCGCUCUUCACCGACGAAGAAGAAGAACAUCAGCAGCAGGGGGGAGAAACGAUGGAGGCGAAAGGCAGAAACAUGCCCUCAGAUAUUAGUUUCCUUCCCCGCCCAGCGAUGGUGUGGUGUGAGCGGGGCAUCCAGGUGCUGCUGACCACAAUGGGGGCGUUCGCGGCCUUCGCCCUGAUGACGGUGGCUAUCGGUACAGACUACUGGCUGUACGCCCGUGCCUUCAUCUGCAACAGCACCGCCAACUCAUCCCAGGAGGACUCCAACAACAAGGACAAGAAAGAUCCUGGGGCACUCACCCACUCCGGCCUCUGGAGGAUCUGCUGCCUGGAAGGCCUGAAGCAAGGUGUGUGUUCCCAGAUCAAUCAUUUCCCAGACGACGCAGACUACGACCAAGAUUCUGCAGAGUAUCUGCUGCGUGUGGUGCGAGCCUCCAGCAUCUUCCCAAUCCUGAGUGCCGUACUGCUCCUGCUGGGUGGAGUAUGUGUUGCUUCCAGCAGCUUCUACAAGAGCAAAAGAAACAUCAUUCUCGGUGGAGGGAUUCUCUUUGUAGCUGCAGGCCUCAGCAACAUCAUCGGAGUGAUCGUUUACAUCUCAGCAGCUCUGAGCGAUAUUUCCCCCAAGAAAGAUGAGGACAAGAAGUGGCACUACUCCUACGGAUGGUCCUUCUACUUUGGCGGCCUGUCCUUCAUCCUGGCCGAGAUGGUUGGUGUCCUCGCUGUCAACAUCUACAUCGAGAAGAACAAGGAGCUGCGCUGCCGCUCUCGCACCGACCUCUUCAAGAGCACCACGCACGCCGUGCUGCGACUGCCCAGCUACCGUUUCAGGCGGCGCUCUCGCUCCAGCUCUCGCUCCACCGACCCGCCACGUUCACAGGAGACCUCGCCCAUUGGCACAUCCAAGACCUUCAGCCUGCCACCCUCUGCUCCACCCUUCUCUGUGGCCACUCUGCCCAACCCACACCACACCAGCAGUGGAGGAAGUGGAGGAGGCGGCGACAUCUCCAUGUACACCCUGUCACGGGACUCCAAGCUGGGCAGCCUAGGAGGCGGCGCCCCACCUCUCUAUGGCACAGUGGACCGCGCCACGUUGUACCAGCUCCACAACUACUUCCCAAAAGAUUCCAGCGGCUCUGGAGGAGGAGGAGGAGGAGGAGCGGUGAUAAGCAGCGGCACACUCCCAUCUCACUCCAAGUCCAACUUGGCGGCAGCAGCGGCUGUAGCCCAGAAUGCAGCUCCGCUGAAUACCUCCACAUCAGCUGCUCCACCGGCCCAGCCGGCUCCAAUAUCUACAGCCACCAUGGAAAGGGACAGGGGCAACAUGGGAACCCUGGACCGACUGACGGCCAAGAGGGACAGGGAUAGCAACUCAGAUACACUUAACAGGAAAACUACGCCAGUUUAAAAGAAAUCCUCAAAGAGAAGCGAGAGAGUUGUUGAGACAUUAGAGAUAUCUGAGAUUAAAGAGAGGAAGAGUAUAGGGCUGAAAAUGUGUGGGUGACACUUCAACGGUAAUGUUUCUGUCCUUGAGCCUGGGGUAUCUAACUGCCAUAUUUACUUACCAAUAUCAUAAACAGUCAUAGAACACCUGAGAUUGUGUGCAAAUUCAUGUCAACUGCCUUAAAAUGGUCAUGACUUUAGCUUCAAAACCUUGUUUGUCAGUUAAUUACACAUUAAUGGUGCAGUGGAGGCUUCAGCACAAGGGAAUUUUCACUGUUGUACAAAAUCACACACGCACAACUUGGAGCUUCCCACUAAAGCCAGUCUCCUGGUGCACCAGUUGGGGGUUAAGUGCCUUGCUGAGGAGACAGGGGAGCUCAGUCGUUAUUUACUGUCCCCUUCUACAUUGUGUGAUGUGGGGAUUCAAACUACAACUUUAACAAGAAGAAACAAGAAAGCUUUGAUUUUGUGAUUUGUAAGUUGCAAGUCAUUUCAGUUGAAACUGAACUGAAUCAUUGAAUUUCUCGACGUCCAGUUUGAACCCGCAAACCACCUAAUCAAUGCUUUUGGUAUUAUAAAACACUUUUAAACAUCAUAAAUAAUAUAAUAAGAAAGUGGCCAGAUGGUUUAAGUCACAGACGGGUAUAUUCAGCCAAGUAAAAAGCUUCUCAGUGAUGAGUUAACUGCCAAUUCAAGUUUAACAGUAGCUACUUACCCUCUGGUCCAACGAGAGUGACCUAAGCCAUAUCUAACCUCCUGACCCUCACACACAUCAGAAGAAGCAAACACACUGUGAGCCUAUUUACUUUUCAUUGUGUGUCAAAUUAAUUACAUAUGGACAGAUGGGCAUUCUCCACGCUCCGAGAGAAAGGCACAGCCAUAGACUUCACCCUGUACGCCUCCAUUGCACCACUGCCAGUUGUCACAGUUUGGUCAAACAUUGCAACAAAUGUCCAUCUGAGUACCUUCGUCUGACAUUAAAUGCCUUGAGUCUUUAGCAAAUAUUUCACACAUGUAAACCAAUUCUUGACAAAUAGAAGUAGACUGCUCUUCUUGUUUCACUUCUUUCAUGUUCCCUUGACAAUAGGAAUUGCAUUAACAACUUAAUGCAAGCUCUUGUCUCGAGUGAAAUGCAACAUUAAGAGGUUUUCGAUACAGAUACUAAUUAGAGCACAGCUUCAACAGAAAUAUCCGGCAAACAGUGAAUAAUUAUAUUGUACGAUAUCACUCUUUUUUCGUCUUGAAAACAACAUUUGUUAGGAAGCCAAUCACUCGUAAAUUGCACCAAUCCUCAUUUUUAAGCAGGCCUAUAGUUAUGCUUCAAACCCAGAAUUGUCAGUAGUUGGCCAAGUAAUUAUUUAAUCAGGGAUAUUGAUGGCCUGCGCUUUACAAUCGAUGCUCAUGAAUUAUGAUAUUUUUUUAUCAUCAAAAAGCUAAAAUGUUGCUGAAUACAAAUUUAAGGUCGAUGCACGUAUUUCUAAAGAUGGAUUUUUUGUUGCAUUCUUUGUGAUGUUUAAUUGCCAAAAUCGAUUCCAGGGUUUGUAUGACUGUUUAUGAAGACGUGUCGAUACCGAAGGAUACAAGGCAGUAUCCGUUAAGUGUUCCUGUAAAGGGCUGCAACCACAGGCAACAGGGUGGGGGUCAAUUCAGUUUACACUCAGGGGUGGAGUUUUAUUUAUAACUUAGAUCAAAUGCUAAAACCUUUUAAUUGUUUUACUCUAAUAUGAAAAAUCAACCAUUUAUUAGCAUUAAUCAAACUUGAAUUACUCUUAAAAUAUAACACAAAGGUAUGGCACAUUAUGGAUUAUUGAAUAAGUUACAAAUUAUCUUGAUAGAAUUUGUCACAAAACAAUCAUAUUUUGAGCGCAGUGCAAUUUUUUGAGGCUGCGGCGACAAGAUUUCAAGGAGAGGAAAAAAAACACCUGUAAUAGAUGUACAGCAUGACAUCUUGAACUGAAAAUCUUCACAUGUCCUAAAUCUGAGUAUUGGACUAACAUACUGAACUCUGAAUGCACUUUUGGAUCAGUUGCGUUUGCAAAAUGAAUUCAACCCAACCUUGGUUGACGACAAGUUGUAGGAGGAGGGAAAGAGAAAAGAGCACAUCCGCUAGCUUCAGUUCCCCUUCCCUCCGUCUCUCUUUUAACUAUAACUAUAUACUAUUUCACCAACUAGAAAAAUAAAUGUAUUAUGUAUUAUCGAUCCAUUUACUUCAACAAAAGCACAUAAUGUCUGUAAAUGGUAAUCCUUGGGUUGUCUUUUCAUUCUGAGUGAUUGAUUAUCAUCUCUCUGUUAAAUGAGAUUGUAACUCCUUGAGUAUUAAUAUCAUGUUGCUGGUGUUUCUAUGAUAGUAAUGGUUAUUGCAGGGUAUUUAUACAUUUUGAAAAUAUUUUCUUUUUGUAAUUUUUUUAUAUUCCUGUUAAAUUUUCUUUAUCUUGCUUAUGUACACUAAAGUCAGUGGUGUCAUGUGGAACGCAUGUGCACAAAAGUGAGAGGGUGAUAAUGUGUAAAUUCAUCUUUAAUCAUCUUUAUUUUCAUUAUUUCAUCACAUUAUUUGUUCAGGGAGAGUUGACUGAGCGUGCAUGCUCUUUUUCAGCAACAUCCUGCUUCACCUCACAUUUCCUCACAUUCACACUGGCACCCGCCCAGUAAAGCCAGUCCGUCGCUGGUUAUUGAGCAACUUCCCUGGAACAAUUGGGGGCUACAUGCCUUGCUCAAGGGCACAUUAGUAGUGUUAUUUCCGCCAACUUGAUUGUUCUAAUUGGCAACCUUUUAGUAUUUCUUUUUUAAAUAUCACAAUUUCUUUCUUUGUUUUUUUGUAAUUGAAUUACUGUGUACAUUAUUUUACUGUGAAUGUUAUUUUUGUGGUGUUUUUCAUUUUCUAUUUCCGUGUAAUUAUUUUCUAACUUCUUUUUUACGAAUAUAUUUUUCAUUAUGUCAUCUUCUCUAUUAGUUAUCUCUUCCCUAGUUUUUAUUUCAACUUGUCGCUCUUCCAUCAUCGUUUUAUCUUCAUUUCCUUGCAGGCUUUCGUUUUUUCGUUUUUUGUUUUUUCUCUAAACAUUACCAACGUAGCCUAAUAUUCAGUGUUUUUUAAUGUUCUGGCUAGUGUAUAACUGUUGGCGAUAGAAUUUAUAUUAAUCUAUUUAUUUUUGUGGUGGUAUGUAUAGAUAUUCUUAAUGUUAUAUUGUUUCAGAGUUCCUACACCUGUAACUUUGGGCUAUGAAGACUUCACUGCCUGCUUGUGACACAUUGUCAGUAGCCUAAGUGCUGGGAGAGUGGGUUAAAUGUGGUCUGUAAUGUUGUUGUCAGUGGUUUUUACAUGGUAAACAAUUAAGUACAACAAAAUGCAUCAGCCUCAUGUUUCUGAAAAAUAUGUGAAUUGUAAAAAGAAAAUCACUAAACGCAUCCUAAAUUUGUAUUUGACCUUUUGUAAAGUGUUUGUGAGAACGGACAUUCUGUUCCUUCGUUUUCAGUUCAUAUCCUGAUGUGAAAAAAAAGCCAUUUUUAAGCCAGCGUGAGUCACCAGCUUCUUUUCCCAACACUUUGGCUACUGACAGGAGUCAGACCUGAAACUCUUCAAAUGGAAAACUGGUAUAUUUCCACUCAGCAGACUGAUACAUGUAAAAGACAAGGAAAAAGGGGAAGCAAUACAAUAUACUGAUCCUCGCUGGAAAAGACAAAAAAUAUAAGGUAUAUAUACAUAUAUAUAAAAAUAUAGAUAUAUUCAUUAAAGUUCUAUAUGAAAAUUGGGUUGUGUCGUGAAUUAUUGAGUGCAAAUAACAAUAAAUACAGUUUUGAUUUAUUUAAUUACAAGGAUGAUUUCUGAUCUGCCACAUAUAGUAUAGUAGGGUUAAGUUUAGGCAGAAAAUGAGAGAUUCACACCUCCCAAGAAGAAUGUUUUCAAUGUAUCCACAGUGUACAAUUAAACAGCUGUGGCAAAUGUUACUGACGGCUGAAUGGUGCAUCUCUUUAUUGUGGGACAGCGAUAUGUUUGUCUGUUUUUCUUUGGUAAAGGAAGGUCCAGUGUACCCUAUGCUAAAGGAGAUAAUAAAGGAAGCAUUGAAGCACCUUUCAUUAGCACUUAGGGAAUUCAAAUAGCUCUUAUCAUGGAUGCCACUUACUUAGCUCCAGGUCAUUCUAGUCAGUAGGACCUUCCUUAACAAAGAAAGACUAUUCUACUGCAGCCUUUGUUUUCCGUUUGCUGUGUUUUUCCUCCUUUGCCCGGCCACUCACCUGCUCUCAAUCAGCCUCGUUAGUCCUUCCCUUGUCCCAGAGUUUCCCCAGCCAAUCAACUCUCUGUCUGAUUCCCCUCAUUCCCCUCAUUCCCCUCAUUCGAGCUUCUCUCAACCUGCACCUCAUCCUCUCGUCAGAUUAGUUUGUAUUUAAGUCCUGUCAGUUCGGUCUUUGUUAGAUCCUUGGUUGUGUAUUGUUUUGUUAUGGUCAGUUUGGCCGAACCUUGAAUAAACCUUCAAGUUCA